AUGUUGUUAUCCAAGACUUCUUUGUUUACAAGAGCUGUAGGCUCAAAAUUACCUAAGGUAGUUUUCUCUGCUACUACCAAAUCAACAUUCCCUAUUAUUUCUCAAAGAUGCUACGCAUCUUUCGACAGAUCUAAACCACAUGUCAAUAUCGGUACUAUUGGUCACGUCGAUCACGGUAAGACCACUUUGACCGCUGCCAUCACUAAGACUUUGGCUAAAUCAGGUGGUGCUGAUUUCUUGGAUUACGCUUCCAUCGAUAAAGCUCCUGAAGAAAGAGCUCGUGGUAUCACUAUCUCUACUGCCCAUGUCGAAUACGAAACUGAUAAAAGACAUUACUCUCAUGUCGACUGUCCUGGUCACGCCGAUUAUAUCAAAAAUAUGAUUACUGGUGCUGCCCAAAUGGACGGUGCAAUUAUUGUCGUUGCUGCUACCGAUGGUCAAAUGCCUCAAACUAGAGAACAUUUACUAUUGGCAAGACAAGUCGGUGUCCAACACUUGGUUGUCUUCGUCAACAAGGUAGACACUAUUGACGACCCUGAAAUGUUGGAAUUGGUUGAAAUGGAAAUGAGAGAAUUGUUGACCCAAUAUGGUUUCGAUGGUGACAACGUCCCUGUCGUCAUGGGUUCAGCUUUAUGUGCUUUGGAAGACCGUGAACCUGAAAUCGGUGAAAACGCUAUCAAGAAGUUAAUGGCUGCCGUCGACGAAUACAUCCCAACCCCAGAAAGAGACUUGGAAAAACCUUUCUUGAUGCCUGUCGAAGAUAUCUUCUCCAUUUCUGGUAGAGGUACUGUCGUCACCGGUCGUGUUGAAAGAGGUCAAUUGAAAAAGAAUGAAGAAAUUGAAAUCGUUGGUCACACCAAGACUCCAAUCAAAGCCACUGUUACUGGUAUCGAAAUGUUCAGAAAGGAAUUGGAUCAAGCUAUGGCUGGUGACAACGCCGGUGUUUUGUUAAGAGGUAUUAGAAGAGAUGAAAUCAAGAGAGGUAUGGUCUUGGCCAAGCCAGGUACCGUCAAGGCCCACACUAAGGUAUUGGCCUCUUUAUACAUCUUGUCUAAGGAAGAAGGUGGUAGACACUCUGGUUUCGGUGAAAAUUACAGACCACAAAUGUACAUCAGAACCGCAGAUGUCACUGUCGUCAUGAAGUUCCCUCAGGAAGUCGAAGACCAUUCCAAACAAGUCAUGCCAGGUGACAACGUCGAAAUGGAAUGUGAAUUGAUUCACCCAACCCCACUAGAAGUCGGUCAACGUUUCAACAUCAGAGAAGGUGGUAGAACCGUUGGUACUGGUUUGAUCACCCGUAUCAUCGAAUGA